AAAGGAGAAUAAAUAAAAGAAUAAUUCAACUUUUUAAAAUAUAUAUAUAAUUAAUUCUUCCAUUUCAUUUCAUUUUUUAAUCUUACAAAUUUCUAUGUUUUAAAAACCUAACAUGUUCCUUUCAAUGAAAAAAAACCCUAACAUGUUUUUUUUUUCCCAGAAAGGAAACCUAACAUGUUAGUUAUUGAGACAAAACAUACCAGAUACUAAUAUCUAUAACUGGUUAUAAAACAUUUCUUUAUUUUUUCUUUUUUCUUUUUUAUUUUUUUUAGGGUUCAGAAUGGGGAAAGAAAGUUUUGAUACCGGAUCUUCCAUUGAUGAUGAUCCAUAUGAAAAUGAACAUGUUCAAAGUGUUCCAUUUUUAGCUUAUUAUGUCACGGAAUUGAUCACUACUGGUGCUUCAACCACUGUUUCUAAAACUACUGUUGCACCAUUUGAGAGAAUCAAGAUACUUAUGCAGACAAGGGCAGAAGGGUUUCAUUCAAUUGGGAUGUAUGGAUCAAUGAAGAAGCUAAUGAAGAAUGAAGGUCUUAGGGGGCUAUACAAAGCAAAUGGUGUUAGUAUCAUCCGAACGUUACCUCAUUCGAUAUUCCAGUACGUGACAUACGAACAAUAUCAAAGUUUCCUACAAUAUAAAUGGCCUCGUGUCGAAAGAGGGCCAUUGUUGGACAUCUUAGCGAGCUCCGCAGCCAGUGCAACAGCAUUUCUAUGCACUUAUCCCUUGGAUUUGGCUCGAACCAAGUAUGCAUAUCAGGUGGUGGAUCGACAUCAAAGUAGCGCUGACUAUCGAAAAUGUAUCCAUUCAGGUCAUACCGCACAACGAGGGGUAACAAACGUCUUCAUGACCAUCUAUAAUCAAGGUGGAAUGCUCGGAUUCUAUCGAGGUGUAGGUCCAACACUAGGGGGAAUCCUUCCUUACAAUGUGAUAAAGUUUUAUGGUUACGAGGAGCUUAAAAGAUGGGUUCCCAAAGAAAAUCGAAGCUCCGUUGCAUUGAAUCUUUCAUGUGGAGCAUUGGCUGCCUUAAUUGGGCAAACUGUAAUGUACCCAUUGGAUGUUGUUAGGAGACAAAUGCAGGUAGACAUUCCGAACCAGAAUGGUAUGAGGUACAAAAACUCCAUUGAAGCCUUUAAAUCCAUCAUCCGUAAUCAAGGAUGGAGACAAUUGUAUGCAGGUUUAUGCAUUAAUUAUAUAAAGGUUGUACCAUCAAUAGCCAUUGGUCUAACAGCUUUUGAUGUCAUUGACCGACAGCUACAUUUUCCGCGCUAGCAGUUUUCGAUCCACGAUGUUAAACCCGGAUCUUGUAAAUAUCAUCUUUUAAAGACAGCUGCAUGAACCGUAAAGGUUUCUAUGAACGCUGAAAAUUUCAAAACUCAGCGGCUUCUUAAAUGUUAACUUUUAAAGGCGACUCAUGAACUAGUUAGGUUAAACCCCUGAUAUGACCUCGAUCAUGUCACAAGUUCAUCCUCAGAAGGCAUCCAAAUCGAACUCAUACCCAUGUCCAAAACAGAUUAUCAGACAUGAUUAGUAACAUAGCGUGGGAAAAUACACAAUGGAAAUGGAAAGUUUCUAAUAAAAUAUCAAAAUCUAUACAUUAUUAUAAGUUUUACAAUGAUGGAAUAUUAUUCAAUGCUCAUCAUAAAACUUCAUCCAAGGUUAUUUGUCUCUCCCUAACAAAAAUCUUCGCACAUCUUGGAUCGGACUCGAACCAAGUGUUUAUGAAGCAAAAAGACAAUCUAAAAGUCAACAUACAUCUAUCCAAAGAGAGAAACGAUC